AUUCAGUCGCGACUACGCACAUAAAUCCUUGGCGUUACGUGGUCCAUAUGAUCCGGGAUUUGUGCAUCCAGGGCUGCCAAGUCCGCACGUCAGCGAACAGUUUAGUGGAAACUCCUCACUCGUGCGUGGUCAGCGGAGAUCUGGGACAUCGCAAUGCCCCUAAAAGACUAUAUAUUCGACCAGGAGACGUUUACCGUCACAGAUGAUAUGCAGUCCUGUUUCAACAACAACGGUUAUCUACUGCUCAGAGGAUUGCUGAGCAGCAGCGAACUGGAGAAAGUGAAGAACGUGGUAGAAAACAAUGCCGUCAUCGAUAAGUUUGCCUAUGGCAACAAGGAUGACAAAAACCGAGUCAGUCGAUUGUGCUUGUGGAAUCACCCUGGAAAUGACGUUACCGGAAUGGUUGCUCGAUGCAGCAAGGUUGCCGGGACAUGUGAGAAGUUGUUGUCUGGCGAGGUGUAUCACUACCACACCAAACUGAUGAUGAAGGAAGCGAAGACAGGAGGUAGCUUUGUCUGGCAUCAGGACUAUGGGUACUGGUAUCGUAAUGGUUGUCUCUUUCCUGAUAUGAUGACUGUCUUCAUUGCGCUGGACAAAUGUACUCGGGAGAAUGGUUGCCUGCAGAUAUUGUCGGGAUCACACUUAUGUGGUCGUGUGGAUCACGGUGUUGUCGGCCGCCAGAUAGGAGCUGACGCGGACAGAGUUGCAGAGAUUAGCAAAGUGUGUGAGCACCUCUAUAUAGAGCUUAACCCAGGUGACGCCCUGUACUUCCAUGGCAAUGUGAUACACACCUCAAGUGCCAACAACAGUGACACGAGGCGGUGGGCGUUCCUGUGUGCCUACAACAAAGCCAGCAACAAUCCUGUGAAGGAGCAUCUGCAUCCGCAUUACACCCCUCUGACACAGGUGGCGGACACUGCGAUCAUGGAAUGUUCCGUGCCCUGGGACAGCACUGGCAAAGACCUGGUCACUAAGGACAGGAGGGAGAGAUUCGUUAUGGCCAGUUAGUUUCUCUGGUGAUAGAAUAUCAAACAAUGCAUUACCAAUGCUAAAAAAAAGUCAGAUUGUCAAACAAAGUGAUACUAGUCGCACUAUAAAUGGUCAUAUGUGCGCAUCAGUGUAAAACUAAAUCCAGACACGUAUUCGCUUCUGCACGUCCAAUGUGUUUGAUGCAUGAUUGAUACCUAACGAUUGGUUAUUACAAUUAUUAUAUCCCGCCAUGUGCCUGGGUCUAUUUGUGGCACAAGUAGGGAUGAAAGUAGCAUUGAGGAACACAUUGGGAACACAAGUUUUCUGGUCUGGCCAUGGAUAGGCGUCACCAUUUUAUUGUUUGAGGAAUGAAGUAUAGAUUUGUAUCUUUGAUUCAGCUUUUAAUGUUAAUGUAAUAACAAA